ACCGCGCGCACUGCUGCAAUCACUUCGCAUCGAUAAUUAUAUCGUAAGAUUAUUCGGUUGUUGUUGUUGUUGUUGUCGUCGUUAUUAUAAUUGAAGAUGCCGCCUAAAACGAGCGGUAAGGCAGCCAAGAAAUCCGGCAAAGCCCAAAAGAACAUCUCCAAAUCGGAUAAGAAGAAGAAGAAGCACAAGAGGAAGGAGAGCUACGCUAUUUACAUCUACAAAGUUCUGAAGCAGGUGCAUCCCGACACCGGUAUCUCAAGUAAGGCCAUGUCUAUCAUGAACUCCUUCGUGAACGAUAUAUUCGAACGCAUCGCCGCCGAAGCAUCACGUCUCGCGCACUACAACAAGAGAUCCACCAUUACAUCGAGGGAGGUUCAGACGUCCGUGAGACUGUUGCUGCCCGGCGAGUUGGCCAAGCACGCCGUCAGUGAAGGGACCAAAGCCGUCACUAAGUACACCAGUUCCAAGUGAAAUGUUUCGUUAUUAAAUAACGAAAAAAAGAAAACGUUAUAACAUCAUCAUAAAGCAACACUUAUAAUAAUUAUCACCUAUCAUAUAGGUGUAUAUGUGAUUUUAUAAGAUUA